GGAAACUGUUGUUGUUUUGUGAAUUGUAUUAAUAUUAAAUAAUAAUGACUUUUAUUUUAAUCAGUUAACACAAUGUUAAUUCAUCUAUUUCAAAAAUUCGCAGAGUCAUCUUUGUAAGUGAAAAUGAAUGAUUAGUGUAUUAAAAACAUAAUGAAUGAGGGAGAAAAAAGCAUUGUGAAUGUUUGCCAAGAAAAAAAUUCAGGAGAAGUAUUAAAAAAACACAAUUAUGAAGUUGUGACCCCUGUAAGAAGAAGUACUCGUAUUAAGAAGGUAAAAGUAUCAGAUGAGGUGGGUAAUAAAGGAGCACUCGAACUAAAUGACGCCUUAAAAAAUAUUGAGUUACCAAAAGAAAAAGUACAAUCUGAAAACACCACUUCUAAUCAGGCCAAUGCAGAUACUGACUGUAACAGUAGUACUGUUUCAAGUGUAAAUAAAGGUUUAGACGCAAGUGAUACAAUUUUUCAAAUCAAUGAUGGAGAAGAAAAAUCUCUUGAGGCCAUGUUUGAUGACAUAUUUGAACAAAGGUACUCGAAAACUCCUAAAAAGUUAAGUAAUGAUCAAGUGAAAGAUAGAAAAUUUUUCAAAAGAGAUAGUUCAGAAACUUCAAAAUUAAAUUUCUCCAGUUACCUGUGUAACAGUGGCAACUUGCCUGCGGAAGAUGUUAGUAAAGUUUUUAAAAUCAUAUCUAAACCUAACCCUUUAUCAGACAUAACAGCUGACUCAAAACCUUCUUCAAAACCUUUAAAAACAUACUCAAAUAAAAGAAAGUGUUUUCAAAAAACUAAUGUCAUCGAGAGUUUCGGUUUACCAGAUCAUCCGAUAGCACCUGAGAAUAUACCUUUGAUAGAUGAUGAAUUAGACGUAACAAUUGAGAAUGUGAAUGACAUAACAAUUUUAGAUAUGGAAUAUAUUACUGAGCCCUGGAUAAUUGCAGCGGAAGGUGAAGACUUAUUUCCCGUUGUGGAAGAGAUAAGGACAAAAUCUGAACCUACGCAUGAUCCUUUUAAGAAAAACGGAUCAUUCUUAGAUUUUGCAGACAGUUUUGAGAGUUUUAUUGAGCCUGCAAUUUAUACAUCUGCGCCUUUCAAUUCUCGGGUUUCCGGAAACGAUUCAUUGGCUUUGAAGACUAUUUCAAAAAACACAAAAAGCAUUCACAGAAAUAAAGAAAUUGAUAUAGAGGCCAUAAAAAUUAAUUUCAAAAAGAUUCUUAGCAGGACAGAUAUUUCAGAACCUCAGAAACAGGUAAAUAAACCCAGCAAUUUCACAUCAAAAAAGAAAAACUCGAUCUGUUCAAAAAACGCUAAUAUUUCUUCCGCAAAUACAGAUAUAUUGUUUGUUGAAGAAAAUAGUUUAACAGUAGAUAAUAAAGAGUUUGAAUUUUCACAUAACUUAAUUGUGCCAAAAAGCAAUAGUUUAGGUAUAAGUGAUGAAAAUAUAUCAAAAAACGAUAACAAAAGAGAAUCUAAUAUUAUUGGAAAGAAAUUAAGAUCGUCAGUGGGCAGUGGUGAAGAAAAAGAAGAGAGGGACAAAAGUAGAGACAAAUUAAGGACUUUGUCAAGGAAACAAAAAUCCUUACCUGCGGAUGAAAGUGUUGAAGGUGUAUUACCAAAGAAGGUUUCAGAGACUGAUAAAUUUAUUUCAAAAUCCAAGUGCAAUUUACAAAAAGAAAAACACUUAGACCAACAAAAGAGCACGAAAGAAGGUGAUAAAAUAACUUUUGAGUGUAGCUGUUUUGAUAAACGAAUAUUAAGGUCAGCAUUCCAAAACAGUCCAAGUGAGGUAAAAAGUUCCAAUGAAAACAGUACAAAUGAAAUAAAUAACGACGGCGUUAAAAAAUGUGACUGUUCGAUUAAAGUAAACAGUAGUAAUGUAAAUAGCGUGAUAGAGAAAGAACCCGAGAAAUCCGAGACUCUUAAAAAGAAAGUACGGUCGAGUAAUUCACAUGCUAAGGUAGAGCAGAAUAAAAAUAUUUCUGAAAUUAAAUCGCCAGCAACAAAUGUAAACGCAAAAAAUAAAAGAACUUUGAGAUCUGCAAGUCAAGAGUCUUUAGAACAAACAAAACCCUCAAAUUUAUGUAAUAUUGAAGACCUUAAUCGACAACGAAACAAAAUAGUAUCUGAUGUAAAGGUUACCUUAGAAAAAUGUAAGUUUGAGAAUGAUCUGAGUCUUUCGGUAACGGACAGUUCCACCAAUACCACAUCAAAUUUUCAGGAAAUUCCACAGGAAAACAAAGGUAUGGACAAAUUACUUACUCCACUGAAACAAGGUAGAAAAUCAGUUCCUGAAAUAAUUAUUAUUUUAAAUCCUUUAGAUAUGGCAAUAUUAAAUGAAAAAUUACCUGAACAUUCAAAAAAUGCAUUUCAUAAUAUGUCACCACCUAGAAGAAAAUUGCGUUCAACUAAAGCUGCAACUAAUCAGAUCACAACAGAUCAAAAAGAAAGAGGUUUGGUUAACGAAUCCAGCAGACAGGAUAAAAAAUCUUCGUGUGAUGCUAAAAAUGUAGCAGUAGAAUCUUCAAGUGUUAAUGAAUCGAUGAUUGACAAUUCGGUAGCUACAUUGGAAGGGAAAAAAUCUGAACUCGAAGAAAGAAUUAUCGACAACAAGGAUUCCCAUAAAACUGAAAUUAAUAUCAAAACAAGGAGAAAAGACAAAUUUAUAUCGAAAAGUUUAACAUCUAUCGACUCUUUAACAAGCAACGGAAUGGAAGGAAUAGAAAAUAAAGUGAAAAAACAUCAUUCGCUUUGUUCGGAAAUUAAAACUGCAGAGGAAUAUAAAAAAGAUUCUGAAUUUAACACAAUUGAGGUAGCAAAUUUACACCAUGAUACAAAUUUGAUUGAAUUUCUAAAUAAGGAACAAAAUAAUGACGAAAUAUUCAAUACAAUAGCAAAUAGCCAAACGAUUGAUAAAAACAUUUCUUUAAACUUCCCACUUUGCAGUGUAUAUUUGGAAAAUACUGACGUCAGUAUAUCGGAAUCAUACACAAUAACAGAAUGCACGGUUUUAGAAGAAAAUUGUGAAGCUGAGCAGUCAGUAGAUAUAAAAAUUAACAAGUCUCCUACAAUGAAGAAAACCGAAAGAAACGAUGAGACUGUGAAUUUAAAAUGUAACGUGAAGGUCAACCAUAACUUAGACCUAAGCAAUAACUACACAUGCAGUGAAUCGCAAAAAGCAGAAGAGAAUGAGAAUUUAAAAACUGACAAAUUACCCCCAGAGGACAACCAAAUUGUACAAAGUGACGUCAAAAACAAUGUAUCAGAAGCGUGUAACUCAAAAGUUGAGGAUUUGUUGAAGGAAGAAGAGGAUAAAAUUAUGUUUACAAUGUCGCUAACGGCUAAAACGGAAUCCACUAAAUAUUCGGAUAAAACUAAACUAUUAGAUGAAAAUAUCUGUAUAAUAUCUGAAAAAAUAGUCAUGGUGGAAUAUACUAGUGCAAAUUUAUCAUCCGAUUCCCAAAUUUCUAAGACUAAAACAGAUAGCAUUAAAGAAAGUAGUACAUCUACUGUUGAGCCACCUGAAGGGACCAUAGAAGAGAAUGGUAAUGUUCUCGUUGAAAAUAACAAAACUCAAGAUAUUACUGAGACAGAAUCACAAGACCAAGGAUCUGAAAAUUCUUUGAAAAAUGAAAACGUAGCUCAACAAGAUACAUGUAAUAAAUUUGAAGAAAUAGUUUUGGAGAAACAGAAUUUGGCUCAACGUCCUGAGGAAAUUAUUUCACCUAUCAAAUGUAUAUCCGAUGAAACACAUUUGAACAAAUUAAAUUUAGAUAAAAAAUUUAAUACAAUACCUCAUACGAAUACAGAUAAAGAGAUUCUUGAUUCGACAACCAACUAUGACAUACUUACUAAAAGCAGAAAUAAAGUUGAAGACAAGUCAGAAAAGGUGGUAAAGCACCCAGGAUCCAGUGCUAGGCUGAAGGAAAAAAGAAGGAAAUUACUUGGAGCAAAAGCCCUUUCUGCUGAAGAAUCAAUAAAGAGAAGGUCUUCAAACGAAUCGUCCCAUCCCCCGAUGAUUAAAGAAACCUUGACUGAUAGCAGUCAUUCAUGUUUGGAACUUCCAUUAAUACCUACUAAAAAGCGAGGAAGACCUAAAAAAUCGAAAACGGAAAAUGACCUCUCACCACAGAAGCCUACCAAACCUAAAUCCAGAGGUAAGCCUCCAAGAAGAAAAUCGAGUACUUCCGAAAAUGAUCCGUCACCAGAGAAAUCUACUCAACGUAAGUCCAGGGGCAGGUCUCAAAAGAGGAAAUCAGAUACAUCCGAAAACGAUGUGUUACCAGAGAAACUUACUAGACAUAAGUCCAGAGCCAGAUCUCAGAGAAGGAAAUCAGAUACUUCUGAAAAUGACCUGUCACCAGAGAAACCUACCAAACCUAAGUCCAGAGGUAGGCGUACAAGAAGAAAAUCGAGUACUUCCGAAUAUGAUCCGUCACCAGAGAAAUCUACUCAACGUAAGUCCAGGGGCAGGUCCCAAAAGAGGAAAUCAGAUAUAUCCGAAAACGAUGUGUUACCAGAGAAACUUACUAGACAUAAGUCCAGAGCCAGAUCUCGGAGAAGGGAAUCAGAUACUACUGAAAAUGACCUGUCACCAGAGAAACCUACCAAAUAUAAGUUCAGAGGCAGAUCUCAGAGACGGAAAUCAGAUACCUCAGAAAAUGAUCUGUUACUAGAGAAACCUGUUGGACAUAAGUCCAGAGGCAGGUCUCAGAGAAGAAAAUCAGAUACUUCUGAAAACGAUAUGUCACUAGUGAAACGUAUUAGACAUAAGUCCAGGGGCAGAUCUCGGAGAAGAAAAUCGGAUAUUUCCGAAAACGAUGUGUCGCCAGAGAAAGCUACUAAACUUGAGUCGAGUGGCAGGUCUCCAAGAAGAAAAUCGUUAGAUGAUACCGACCUAUUACGUAGAUAUAAGGAAUACCGUAAACAAAAAAUAAGAAGUAAAAGUAUGGCACCAAGUACUUUGGAAAGUAGAAGAAAAGCGAAAGACCGAGAUAGUCUGGAAAGUAGCAAAUACUGGAUCGACUUAUACGCUGCAAAUAAAGAUUGUGAAGAAGACAAUACGGAUUUGUUAAAUAAGUAUAAAGAUGAAGCGAAAAGCAGAAACGUGGCAAAUAAAAUUGAAACGAUGUUCAGAAGUGGAGAUGAAUUACAAGGCAUAAAAAAUUGGACAUCUAAAUUUAAAUCAAGAAAAGUAAAUGAGUCGCAGGAUGGUGUAACAUCCAAUAAAGUAUCAGAGACAGACGCUAAGAACAGUAUAAAUAUAAAGAAAAGUCAAAGUUUAGGGAACCUAUCAUCUAUGGAGAAUAUUCAUCCAGGCUCUAGAGACUUCAAAGUAGGGGACAUCACAUGGGCACAAAUAGGAUGGCAUCCAUUUUGGCCCUGUUUGAUUACAAAGGAACCGGGGACAAGCAGUCAUAAAAAGAUAUUUCAGGCUAAACGCUUUCAGAAGGAGAUGUACCAUGUUCGUUUUUUUGGGGACAAUGGAAGAAGAGCUUGGAUCAGCAAGCAACAGAUAAUGUUAUAUUCUAAUCGUGACGAUUUAAAAUUAUUACGGGAGAAAAUGAAAUACGAGAAGAAACGUGUACCAUCAGGAUACAUUGUAACAUCAAAAUCUUUACAAAAGUGGGAACGAGCCAUAGACGAGGCAGAACAAGUCAAGUUAAAAAGUGUAAAAGAAAAAUUGUUGUUUUUUACUGACAUAAUUUCCAAAAUAAAUCCACCAAAAGAAAGAGAAUCUACACCGCCUGGUGUAUCCAUUUCAGUCAAAAGAAAAUCUGAUGAACUUGACAAGAGUGCGCAAAACUGCUUGUCACCGCCAAUUAAGAAGAGUAGCGACGAGAAAACCAAAAGAAUGCAUAAAAAGAAAGUUUCGGGUGAAAAUGAAGCCCUCAGUGAAAGCAAGGAAGAAGUUAUCGAGGAUAUAAACCAAAUCCAUCAGAUCGAAGACAAUAUUGAACAGAAUGAAAGUAUUUUGAACAAAACACAUCCGAGACGACAAAUUGAUGAAAUCUCGGAAAUUGAUUCCAAAACGAGUUCUGAUAACAUUACAGAUUCUGACACCUCACUAAAUGCCAUGGAAGCACAAAAAACCUUGUAUAAGAGAAACAACUUGUUUAAAGGAAUCUCGAGGGACAAGGUGUGUCAAUACUGCUUUAAGCCCGUAGAGGUUCUAAAAUGUCGAGGUAGAUGUAACGGCUCGUAUCAUGUUUCUUGUUCGUUAAAAAUUUUAUUGGAGAAGAUUCCCAGGAAAAGGAGAGAAAAAAAUGUUAAUAAGGACACACUAGAUCAUUUGAAUGUUGAAAUAAUAAGAAAUAAUGUAGAUAAAUCUACUCCAACUGUAAACUCGGAAUGUUUAAAUGAAAGCACAGAAAUAGACGACCAAACCGUUCAAAACGGUGAAAAUUUUAAGUCACCGUUAACGGCCCAAGACCAAGUUCAGAUAAUAACCGUUCCUUCUAGCGUGUACAACACCCCACCCAGAAAAACUUUUCCUCCGGAUUUCAAAAACAUGACUUUAGCCGAGCAAAUUGACUACAAAAUGAAGGAAAUAAUGAGAAAGUUCGAAACAAAAACGUUUUAUGCAGACUCGUGCUCCGACUUGAGUUCUGAGCAGAAUCCAGGAAAACUUACUCUGUCACAAGCUACUGGUGUAAACACCAUGAUUACGAACCUUAAUAAAAGCGAUGAAAGUAAAAUUAACGAAUUGGGAACGAACGACGGUGCUAAAAAUGACACUAACCUCUCAAACGAUAUACAAAAGCUAACAACUUAUAAUAACAUUGACAAGCAAAUUGAAAAAACACUAAAACCGAUAACUAAAAAACCGUUUUACGUCAAACACGUUACAGCCGACUGUGACGGUUUAAAAACCGACACGAUUCAAGAGGAGAAAUCAAACGCUGAUAAGGAUUCGUUCGGCUGCUCAGAGGUGGAUCCGAAAAAUUUCAAAUGCGGGUUUUGUACAUCCGACUUAUAUCCGUAUUGUUUCAUUUGCCACCUAGCUGUUUCCAAGAAGGGCUCGAAUAUACGACAGAAAUGUUCCAUCUACCCGUGUGGACGAUUCUACCACCCAGAGUGCCUGAAAAUGUGGCCGCAAACGCAGUGGUCGCUUAUCCAGACCACUCGACACAAAGAUUCUGAUAAGGACAUGGACAGUUUCGUUUGCCCGCUCCACGUUUGCCACACUUGCGUCUCUGACGAUCCUCGGGCCGCUACCGCGCGGUGCUCCGGCGAUAAGAUUGUUAAAUGUUUGCGUUGUCCUUCGACUUACCAUUCCUCGAAUCUGUGCGUCCCGGCUGGCACGGCCAUCCUCAGUUCCUCGCAAAUCAUCUGCCCUAGACACAGGGAGAAAAGUAAAUCGUACACCAUAAACACCACUUGGUGUUUCCUCUGUUCCGAGGGCGGGAAUUUGAUUUGUUGCGAAACGUGUCCCACUAGCGUCCAUCCGGAAUGCUUGCCCGUCAAUUUGACGGACGACGAUAAGUUCAUCUGCGAGGAUUGCGAAUCCGGCAGGCUUCCUCUCUACGACGAGAUCGUGUGGGUGAAAUUAGGCAAGUUCCGUUGGUGGCCGGCGUUGAUUUUAUUCCCCAACGAAGUACCUGAUAAUAUAAGGAAUAUGAAACAUAGCAUCGGCGAAUUCGUGGUGAAAUUUCUAGGUACUUAUGAUUAUUAUUGGGUUACCAGGGGGCGAUCGUUUUUAUUCCAAGAGGGCGACGCUGGGCAGUGCAAUUCGGUGAGGAAGAAAGUCGAUGCGGCGUUUAAUAGAGCCGUAGAAGAGGCUGUGGUGGCCCACAAGCUAAAAAAAGAAUUUAAACUUAGUCAGGAAGUUGAAUCAAUCACAUCUUUAAAACCGCCGCCAUAUAUAAGAAUAAAAGUGAACAAACCCGUUGGUAAUGUCCGACAUUUGGACUUAGACCUUAGCAGCACCAAUGCCUGUGAGUGCGAUCCCAACAAACCCCAUCCGUGUGGGCCAGAGAGUGACUGUUUAAAUAGAUUAUUACUAACGGAGUGCAAUCCAGAGGUCUGUCCCGCGGGAACAAGAUGUAAAAACCAGUCGUUUGAAAAGCGCGAGUACCCACCACUUGUACCUUACAAGACCCAAGGUAGGGGGUGGGGUUUAAAAACGCUCGCUCCCAUAAAAAAGGGACAGUUCGUGAUAGAGUACGUGGGUGAACUGAUCGAUAGCGAGGAGUACCAGAGGAGGAUUCAAAAAAUGCACCAGCAAAAGGAGGAGAACUAUUACUUCUUGACUAUCGACAAAGAUCGCAUGAUCGAUGCCGGUCCAAAAGGUAAUGCAGCCAGAUUCAUGAAUCACUGUUGCCAGCCGAACUGUGAAACUCAGAAGUGGACUGUGAACGGUGACACGAGAGUCGGUUUGUUCGCUACGGAAGAUAUACCUGCGGAUACCGAACUGACGUUUAAUUAUAAUUUAGAAUGCGUUGGUAAGGAGAAGAAAGUUUGUAGAUGCGGCGCAUCCAACUGCAGCGGCUUUAUUGGAGUUAAAGCUAAGCAGGACACCGAUAUAAGGAAGCCGAAGAAGUCUGUGAAGAAAAAGGUACCUGUAGAACCUGUAGUAUUACCUCCUUGCUUUAUAUGCGGUAAGAAAGGUCUUGUAAUAUCCUGCAACAACAAAGUGUGCAACAAAACGUACCACCAAGAGUGUUUGAAAACCACGGAACAGGUCGAGGGGAACAAAUUUAUUUGUCCGUGGCACAACUGCAGCGUAUGCUCAAAGCGUACGAUUAGGUGUUGCGUAAAAUGUAUUAAUUCGUAUUGUCCGUCGCAUUCCGACGGUAAUAUUAGGUACGAUAACUUGCUUGGAUUCGUGUGCACGACCCAUGAUCCCACGACGCUACCUAAUGACGUUCAGCCAGUAUAUAAGAGGAGGAAAAACAACGUAAUCACAGAAGAGACAGCAGUAACUUCGACAACUUCGGACGACGCCGACGACGACGAAGAUUGGUUACCGUUGCUAACGAGGCUUGAACGUAUGCGUUCGAAAGGAAUCGCUUCAGUCGAUUCGGAAAGUGAUAACGAAUCAAACAUUAACGCGCCUUCUACGUCUUUGAUGGUUUACAAUUACGAGUCGCAAGAUGAGGACGCGGUUUCGAGCGCAACGCCGAUCCAUGCGGACGGGGAGAUGGUUGUUAAAAGGAAACGUGGGCGACCGAGGAAAGUAAACCGACAUGAAAAAAAAAUUAAGUUAAGUAAUGAAGAAAAUAUUGGAAUCACUGCCAGUUCCUCUACAGUAGAAAAUAGGCUAAUUAAUCUUAAUAAUUCUGAAUUAACUAGUAGGGAUAACAAUUUAGAGAAUCGAUAGGAGUCUCGGAGUUCCAGGAAAUUCAUAUUUAGUUUGUUUUAUAGAAAAAUAUCCAUAUAUAAUUGGCAAAUUAUGUUUUAUACAGUGCUUCUUAGGGCUAUAUGCGAAAUAAUUUUAUUUAUUGAUAUUGGAAAAAUAUUAUGAUUGAUUUUCAAUAAACUUUUAUAUAUGUGUGUUUAAUUGUUGUAUAUUUUCAAAUGAAGUUGCAAUAGUGAUA